AUGAGUGUACCGAUUGUGCCCAGGAGGUCAGCAAGAUUACAUAAACCAAAGACAUGUGAUAGUUGUGCUACAUGUGAUAGAAUUAAGGACAAAUUAGACGUUAGGCUGCUAGGUACAGACACUCAAUUUUUAUCCAUCCACCUGAGUAAGCCAAACAGUACCACUGUCGUAUUUGAUCAAUCCGUACAGAUCGGUCAAAUGCAUAUAAUGUAUGUCGCCACUGUAAAUCGCCCUCAUGUCGCGUGUGCAAUAGGGAAAUUAAGCCAAAGAUGUGCAAAUCCGACUCUAUCCGAUUGGAAAGCAGUGUUUUGUAAUUCGGAUUUUGCGGGCUCUACGGUAGAUAGGAAAUUCAGGAGCGGGUAUGUCUUCAUACUCGCUGGUGGUGCAAUAUCCUGGUUGUCUAAGAAACAACCAAUUAUAGCUCAAUCGACGUGCGAAGCGGAGUUCGUGGCGAUGCAGGAAGCAGCAAGGGAAACUGUGGAUUUCCUUAUUGUUAAGGGAGUUGGGUCAAUAUGUCAUAUCAAAGCUAUGGGGCUUGUAGAAACUAUGAUCAAAGGGGAGUAUUGA